CAAUUGACUUAAAUAAUUUUUUCUUUCUCUCUUUGUGGACCAUUCUCCUUUCUUAUUAUUAUCAACCCCCCAUUAUUAUUAUUAUUAUUAUUUAUUUAUGAGGCGCUUAUUAUUUUUGCGACCCUUUCCUGUUCAAACUCUCAAGAAAAAGUUAUCCAUCAUAAAGCCUCGUUUCUUUUGCUCUGUUCAUUCUCCAUCCACUAGCCUUAGUGGUAUAUUCCCUGUACGAAAACCUCUCCAUUAUACUUCCUUCGAUGUCGUGAAACAGAUUCGUUCUAUCAUCUUGCAAGACUAUAAAAACUCUGGAAAACCUUGCAAGUGGAUCAAGGUUGGCCAUGGGGGUACAUUGGAUCCUUUUGCUACCGGAGUGUUGGUGAUUGCUGUAGGUUCAACUUGUUCCCAACUAGAAAGAUUUCUCCAAGGCUCCAAAAGAUACCGAGCCACUUUGAAGUUUGGAGAAGAAACGGAUACCUUGGACAACACUGGCACAAUUGUGGAUACCAAACCUGUUCCUAAUAUCUCUAUUGAUGACAUUCGAUCUGUAUUACCUCGCUAUAUGGGAGUUAUUGAGCAAGUUCCACCAGCUUAUUCUGCUAUUCAUGUGAAUGGUAAACGUGCUUAUGAAUGGGCAAGAAAAGGAGUGGCUAUAGAAUUACCCAAAAGAAAGGUACGCAUUGAUCACAUCGAAUGCACUUAUUGUUGCAUGCCGAUAGCAGAAUUUUCUAUCGAAUGUAGUGGAGGUACUUAUAUUCGUCGUUUGUUAUCGGAUAUUGUUCAACAAGAGUGGCAAACAGUGGGUCAUUUAGUUGCUUUGGAGAGAACCCAACAAGGUCCAUUUCUUUUAUCCGAUGCCGUAUCUUUGCAAGACUUGAAGCAAAUGUCCCACAUUCAAUGCACAAUGCAACGAUUUGCUCAUUUUCUAUAAACUGAAGAUAUGUUGGUACGAUAUCGAGUAGGAAAGACUACUUUUGAGUUGGUUACCAAAGAGGGAACUGUUCAGAAAUAUAGGAAAGGAGAAAUAAAGUCAUUGGAAGAUGUAUGAUCUUUCUUAAGAAAGGGGAUAGUCUACAU